AUGCCUGUUAAACCUCUUACCUUCAAAGGCGACAAGAAGACCAAGAAGCGCAAACACCGAACGCUAGAAGACGACGACCGCAAGACCCAGACGCUCGUCAAUGCAUCAUCCCAAGGAGGCGGUGUUGAGUCCGCCGACACCUACGAAGAUGAAUCGUGGGCGGUGCCCGACCUUGCCUCGGACAUCUCAGGGCCGACGGUGAUCGUACUUCCCACGACGCCUCCGACGUGUCUGGCGGCGGACGCGCACGGCAAUGUGUUCGCAUCGCGGCUGGAGAAUAUUGUGGAAGACUACGCAGAGACGGCCGAGCCGCAUGAUGUGCGCCAGGUCUGGGUUGCCAGCACGGUGGCCGGCACGGGUCAGAUCAACCUGAAAGGCAGCCAUGGCGGCUACCUGUCGUGCGACAGCAUCGGGGUGCUGGGGGCGCGGAGGGAAGCCCGGGGUGUGGAGGAAGGGUUCGUGAUCGAGCCUGUCGAGGAGACGGACGCCUCCGAAAAGAUGCGAUGGAGGCUCCGCACGUCCGCGACCAAGCUCUCGGAGGGCGUCAAGGGGAGCCGGUAUCUCUGCGCCGUGGUGGGCGCCGGGCCGGAGCGCGAAGAGAAAGACACAGACACACAGGAGGGGCCGGGCGAGGGCGACAACAAGAAAAAGAAGAAGACGGUCGCCAUCUCGCUCCGUGGCGAUGGCGAGCCCGCGUCCGAGUCGACGCACCUCGUGCUCAAAAUGCAGGCCCGCUUCAAGCCCCGCGUCCAGCAGAACAAGGAGACAAAGGCCCGAGAGAAGAUCAGCCGCCGCGAGCUGGAGCAGGUCGUCGGCAGGAAACUCGACGACGACGAGGUCCGGAGGCUCAAGCGCGCAAAGAAGGACGGCUCUUACUACGAAGAAGUCCUCGAUGUCAGGGUCAAAGGGAAACACGACAAGUUCGCUAGCUGA